GAAAGCUGUGUUUCUGACGCUAACGUGCGCUUCCUGGCGGAUACUGAGCAUGUCUCUUCUUCAUGCCGUCGAUGAAGCUGUCGAGAUGUGCAAAGCUGAAGAAUCCAGACUCACUGAAAACACCCGACGCUGCAAGGAGAUUUUAGGCUCAAUGAGAGUGCGUGUGACGGAAACCAGUGAACCGGACACCACAGCAGCCCUCGGUACUAAACACGCGGAUGUUCUGCCUGAGGAAAAAGAAGAAAUCGAAUUGUUGGAGCGGGUUUUAAAAAAAGCACUGAAAAUCCGCGGCGCAUCCGAGGCUCAUAAAGACGGCAAACACCCUAAUGAGAAAAUAAGCAAAGGGCUCGUUAAUUAUACCGUUAAAGAGGAAGAUAAAAGAAAUCUGGUGAAAUCUCCCUCCGACGCGCACAAAAAGGCCGUUCAUCGCGGAAGAGCUGGAGGGAAUGUGGCCGACGGGGCCCCCCGGACGGGGCCGGUUCUGGUCCGCAGGGGCCCGGUGGUCAGGGGAAGGCCGAUAAUCCCGAAGAUCUCUUCCGCGCGAUCCCAGCAGAAGGUGUGUGUCAAAGCUGAAGAGUCGUCUGAAGAUAAUUCCCCAUCGGUCUCUGCGUCUGGCGAAGAUGGGAAAGUCGCGACAGGAAGCGUGCGGCCUAAAGAGAAAUGGACGCCAUCUCCCUCGUUACCGGCUUGGAGAACGCAGAGAACAAAACAGAAGCGAUUGUGGAAGAAAGUGUUAGCCCAGCAAUCGAAGCCAGUACCGGAGAGGACCAAAUUCACAGAGAGACUGCGAGACGCUUUCCCGUCCGAAUGCCCUUCUGCCUCUCCCGCUGAUAUCGCGGCGGAGCUGGACGCGCUCGCGCAGCGCUGUCUCGACCUGACACACUGCUUCAGCGCCGAGCUGCAGGCCCGGAAGGACUUCGGCUCAGGUAGUCACGCCUGGGGCAGAAAGAUGAAAAGCUGCAGGAAGACAGAAGCGUGUGGGUGGAAGCAGGGGGGCCGAGAAAUGAGCAACGGGACAAUAAGGAUCCUUCCAAGGAUGACGCCGUCAUCUAGCCGUUAUUCGUCUGAGUCACUGAGUUUCUGAAUCAGGAAGCUCAUUUAGAGUAGAUAGAGACCGAGAGAUGUGUGUGUGUGUGUGUGUGUGUGUGUGUGUGUCACAGGGACCUUGCGUGAGAGAGAAGUACGAGUCCUCGCGGUUGCUGGAGGGUUUGGAGAGGAUGACGGCAGAACAUACAGCGCGUGCUGAUCUCCGGAAGAAAGACUGGGAGAGGUGGGAUACGAGGACCUCUGGAGCUCUGUGUCCCGUCCGGAGGAGAGGUGACUGGGGAGACCCGGCCCGCUCCUGCCUGCCGCCCGUCCUGUCAUACAACAACGAGGCUGAACUGAGAGAGCUGGAAAGCCAAAGGCUCAGAGUGCAACAACUUCAGCAGGCUGUUCGUCUUCAGCAGGUGAUGUCCGACAGCCUUGCGUCUUCCUGGAGCCCUGUUCCCGGAGCCGCUGGCCCCAGCCCCGUGGCUCUGCGUGGCUUGUACUCGCUGCUGGCGGAGGGAGGGCUUCAGUUCCCGUCUCUGGUUUUGGACUCGGAGGCGGACUGAACGAAAACAAGGCCGUGUUUCGGGGUUAGUGGACUGAUUUCCCUGAAGCACAGCAGGGGCGUUUUCCUGCGUUUGGCUCGGAUGUUUAACGAUCGCUCGCGUGGCUGAACUCAAAUAAAGCUUCCGGCCGACGUCUCCCGUUAUCCUCGAGGAUUUCAUUCGGUUUGCGCUCCUGUUAUUUGUCUCUCUGAUGAGUUGUUCCCGUUUGAACUCAAACCGCUUUGUACGAGUAGCAUGCGUCCUGCCGAAGCCUGUUUGUUGCCAGCAGAGGGUGAUGUGCUCUUAAUGCUGUUGACAGCAUGUGUGGCGUGACGUCUGUUAGCGCGGAAAGGCAUCCAGACUCGUCUCUCGGUUUAGGAAAACAAACAAAAGUUGCGUGUGCACCAAAGCAGUUGCGUAUGGCGAGCACCCGAGCGCUCCGGAGCCAAUGAGGAAUCUGAGCCGAGUGUCUAAAUCAUGCUUUUUUUUCUUUUGAAUCUGUUACUGACGCAGUUCCUGUGUUUAUGUUUGCUUCUGUGCAAACAGUUUAGUCUGGUAACCUUGUGCACCGCAUUAAAAUCAGCCGAAAGCUCCACGUUUUAUGCAUUAAAUAUCUGCUGCUUCAAGUACAGAUAGCCUCGGUAUAGCAGCGUUUUUCAUUUUUGACAGGAAUGUAAAUGAGGGAUGGAUGUAAGCCGUGUUCAGUGGAACUAAAAAACUCCAUAAAACUGUUUCGAAAGUAUUACGCAAAGCCCGUAAGUCCACCCCACACGGUCUUUUUAAUACAACAGCUGACCUGACCUUAGGCCUGUAUUAAAAGAUGUGCAUUUGAGCCGACCGGUCAUUUUUAAACGCAGCGGGUCAGCGUGAAAUGUAGGGUUUUGAUAUCUUUUACGGUGUACGUACAGCGUGGUGUGAACGUUAUAAUGUCACGUGGUCAGGAGAGGAAUGUAAGAAUAGCCUUAAUUAGUGUUUCUCAAUAAGAUUAGCGUGUUUCGUUGCAAGAAAUGAGCUGUAAUUUGGGAAUUUAAUCCUGCGGCGCACGCAUAAAUGCAGCCAUUCCAUUGCAAUUUUUCCCGCAAGUAUAAAAAACGAACUUUCCUCACCGAAUGUAUCGAUCACAGCUGAUCUUUAGGACUGGCUGAACAGGAAUGAAACCGCAUCUGCUGCCUCAAGACAGAUUGCAGUCAAUAUCUGGUUUGUCUGCAUCAGUUGCCAUAGUGACUACGAGAGUAGCUGUCAUGGUGGAAAGACAGUUUUUGCUCUUGAUCGUGUCCAUCAUGACAUCUCGCAGCGGUGCUGUUAUAUGACGUGACUGAAAUAGUUUCUUCAUUAAUCAUUCAGAACAAUCAGUCCCAUUACUGCUCCCUGAAAUCUGACCUGACCAAUUAGACUGAAACAUGUUUCUAAAACUGGGUUUUAAUAUAACCUUUUUUAAAUUUUUAUUAAAAA